CCGAGGCCAUGCAAGCCUUGCCAAGCGGCACCGUCGGCCAGGAGAAUAACAUAGCGGAAGAGCAAAAGCCGAGGAGGACGCUGCUGGGUAUGCGCGGCGGUGGAUUGAUUCUCGAUCUUUGCGCAUGCUUCAUCUGCUGUGAAUGCAUGGAAGGUGAGCAUGGGAGGGCGAACAUACCUGGAGCCAUUAUCAGCUAACCAUUACUUCUCGCGCAGGAUGCUGCCACGCCAUCGAUGACUGCUGUUGCUGCUAAGUAGGCAACCACGCUCAAGAACGACAAUUAGGGGCAGGAGAGAGUGACAGUGGACGCGCUACACAUCAAGGUCGCGACGAGUCAUAGGUUGAUGUGUCAUGUUAUAUCCUAUAACCUUGGAGUGGGGGAGCAAGCCUCCCAGUAGCUAUCAUACCAUUGAGAAAUCAUUACUUUCACGAUGCACCCUGUCAUGAAUCUGUGG